AUGGAAUUUAAAGCUCUCUCGAAGAAAAUUUCCUCAGCAAGGCUGGGAGCAAAAGUGAAGUGUGAAUUCAUAAAGGAAGGAAAAGUGGAGUAUGUAGAUUGAUGCAAAAAUAAAUAAUAGCGCUUGUGCAAUUUAACAAAUUGAUUCAACUUUUUCGUGUGUCCUUUUAGAUUAAAGAUGACAUCAAAAUAUAUUAAGAUUGACCAAAGUAGUUGUAAAUUGGUCACAAAUCAGUUCUUAUAACAUUUUUUCAUGUACGUGUUCUGUGAUCUGAGAAGUCACACUGCACUUCAUGCUGGCAAAAUGAAAUUAUUUGCUUUCAAGGAUGAUCUUUUCCGUGGAAAAAGCGACGGUGCAGAUUGCGCUACCGAUUGGAUCGACCAUGUUUUUGCGAUCAUGAUUUGUACAUUCUUUUUGUUAUUUUUUAUCUUGAACUUGCGUGAAAAUUUGUGCAUUCGACUCUUGCAAGCGAUCAGGUUUCAGCGGGAUCUCCGCUUAUAGGUUUGGCUUUUUUGGCUUGCCUUACCUUAGUUUCACAAUACCUUCCUUUUCAGGGGAGUGUUUUAAACAUUUUGCUACAAAAGAACAUUUUUGAGAAGUACAAUCGACAAAUGUUUAGAGUGUAGCGUUGCGUCUUUUUUUCUUCCUGUCCCGAUGUUAUAUGAUAUAUAAUAUGCCUGGCAUUUGCAGAAAUUGCACAAAAGUAACUAAGGCUAGGGCCAAACGUCGAAUUUUUCAUGCAACAAAUCAAACUGAGUGAGUUAACUUCUUCUAAAUUCAUGAUAAGUUCGACGUUUGUCUCAGAUUAAGUUCGUUUUACUGAGUUUGGAUCUACAAACGCGUUCUAUCAGUCCAAUCAGACGGAUAGAUGGUGUAAAGGUGCCCCGUUUGAAGCAAUAGCAGUGGUGUUCGUCGAGAAAACGAUGAUUUUCCACAUAGCGGGGUUCCACCGUACGACUGUAAACUUUUUCGCGUCAUAUCUUUUUCUUUACUUAGUUCGACGCUGGGUUAAAGUUCCACGCUUCAUCCAGCAAAGGCCUUAACUAAAUCAAGGUCGACCCAAAUGGCAAUUUGGCUCGUCCCAUGAAAAGUUCGACGUUCGCGCCGUUUUUUUCUGUUUUCUACAUGUUAUUAACUACUAGACUUUUAUGUACUAUUUAGAAGAAUUUUUCUGAUUCUACUGUUCGAUAUUUUCUCUCAAAGUGAGGAUGAUAUGCAGAGUAACUUCAGCCAUCUCAGUGAAGCUGAGUUCACAUCAAGACUUUCUGAGCUGGCAGAAUACAGUGACGAGGAGGAGGAGAAGAACGAAGAAGAGAAGAAGGAAAACAGCUCAAAUAAACUUGCAGAUCGUUCAAAACUGUAAGUAUGUUGAGGGACUACUGAUAUCCAUUCCUUGCCUUUUUCGUAUGGGUAUUUCUCUACACACCACCCUAAGUGAUACCCUUAUAGCCAAAAAUAUUGGCCUUUCGUCCCAAACGCCUCAAGUGAGACCAAAAUUUGCAAUUUACACCCCUAAGCGAGUCGACGAGUUCCCAACACUUUAGAUGGAAAUCCCCUCUCCCAGGCCCCCGUCCCUUUGUCCGUUCGUCCGUCCGUCGUAUUCUCCUUCCGCGUGUCCGUCCUACCAAUCAAUCAAUCAUCAAUCAUCAAUCAAUCAAUGAAACAAACAUCUAACUAGUCAGUCAGACAAUGAAUUAAUCAAUGUACAUUUUUUUUUUAUCAUACAACUACUGGGACUUGGUCCCAGAGUUUUGUGCAGUUAAUUUGUUGAAGGAUCAUUCAGGUAACUAUAAAAUUAAAGGAUGUUUUUCGUGUUUAACACCUUAUUCUCUCACAGUACCUGGUCUCAGUUCAUCGAUGAAAUGAAAACGCUGGAAUAUCAAAAUCUUGUUGUGAUUGGUAAUCCUCUAGCUGAUACUCCAACUAAUGACGUCAGUCAAGGUGAGACAAUAAAUAUUAAACCGUCCAUCUGACCAAGCGAUUUUGUUGAAGUUCCUUACCACGAGCUGCUAUUUCAAGUUUCCGAUCAUUAUCCAUGCGCAUUCUUGCCAUCCGCUGCAACAGAAAACAGGAAACAGUUUCAAUACCUAAAUAUGGCCUUAAAUAAUUUAAAAAAACUGGACCAUUGUUUUGGAAUUCAAUUAAUGCGAAAAAAGUUUUAGCGUUUUGAAAAGAUAGCAAAUAGCAUGACAUAGUCCCUUUAACUCGUCCACCACUUUACCAUGGCCCUACAACCAACAAACAACAACAACAAACCAUUUUAUUUGCCAACGUAAAAAACAUUUACAAAGAAAAGAAGAAAUUAAAAUAUAUCAGGUAAAAAACUAUACGAGCUGAGUAGUUACAAUAAUUAAAUUACAUUUUAUAGGGUUGUGACACACGAAAGAUAAAGAGAAAAAAAUCUUGAAUGUAGCAGAAAAAAUAAUAGUAAUGAAAAAUAGGUAAAUUAAUUAAUUUAAUUAAAAUAACGUAAAAUACUGUAGAACAACAGAAAACAAAAAAGCUUAGACUUAGAGACAGAUUUACAGGCUCAGUCCGAUAGCUACAGCCGUAAACUCUUGGAAAGAAACAGAGAGAGAAGAAAAGUCGUCAGUGCUGCACUGGAAGAUCUAACAGAAUGUGAUGAAGAAGAGGAGCAGAACCCGUCUCUAAACAUAUCCACUUCGCCAGUGUCUUCGUUAAGUUCUUUCAAAAACAAGUUUUCGUUUAAAGGAAGAAGUAAGGUAAGGAGAGACGCGCCUUUAACUGUUUAAGCAGUAAUAUCAACAAGUAUAUUCUCCACAGUGUUUUUCGUUUUUUUUUACUACCAAUCAUGGGAAUUUGAGUUGAUUUUCCUCAUUUUCUUUACUCUCGAGAUUAACAAGUGCAUGUUGAGUAAAAAGUGCUGUUGAAAGAAGAAAUAAGGUUCUCACGUUGCUCGCUAUUAAGGUUGAACGUUCAAUGAGCGUAAAAAUAUUCCACGAUUAUUUCCGUUAAGUCAACGUAGAGGUUUGUGACAGGCUGGAUAAGCGACUGUCACGAUGUUUGUUGCCCGCAAUUCUGAGUUACUUCCGCAACAUAAUAUCGAUCUGCUGAAAUACAAUUAUAUUACUCCCAUCCUCUAUAUGGUUUCUCAUCCAUGUAUUUUUCGUGCUCCUUUUUCUUCUGCAGUCCAAGUCCGAAGAUACCCUCGGAGAUAUCCAGGUAUUUACUACGGACACUCUGUUGUUAACCUGUAUUAAAAUCAGUCAAGAAACCCUGGAUAUAACUCCCAUACAAGGGCGUUUAUCCUCUCUUUUUGCCAGAUUUAAUUUUUAAUUUGUUUCAUGUGUACACCUGUUUAAAUGUAUCUGUUCACUGUUCCUUUAUUGUAACAACGAACGUAUUGAUAAGCAUUUGGCUAUGCAGUAUACACCCCGUAGUAAGCCCUUGUUAUUUGCGGGUGGACCUGCAUUUUAUAAGUGUAAAUUUCUUUGGAAUGAAUAAGCAUACGAGACAAGAAGACGUCCUGAAAGUAACGUCUUUGUACAGAAUGUAAUAUAGACAAACUUUGUUUCAAGUAUAAAGAUCCAUCUUGUUCAGGGUUCGUACAGUCGUAAAGGUCCUUGAAUUUAAGGGAAAGUCCUUGAAUUCAAUUUGCCUUGAAAAGUCCUUAAAUUUCUAUGCAAGUCCUUGAAAAGUGCUUGAAUUUUCUUCAACUUUGAAUUUAGUGGCCUGGAAAGUGUUUUUUGAUGCUUUUUGGUUGUCCAACAGAGAAUAUGAAUCACAGCUCAGAGAAUUUAAAGGUUAUUUACGCUGAGUGCUCUAUGUUUUAUGCAAUAAUUAACUAUCAAUUUAAGACAGGUGAACUGAAAAAUGUAGAGAAGUUGGUGAAGCAAACAUUUCAAGCCUUAAAGCCUUAUUAGAAUAGACUGGGAAUGCACAUUUUUGUACAAUCUGUGAAAUUAUACUCCUAGUAGAUGGUCCUUGAAAAGCUAAUGUGGUACUUGAAAAGUCCUUGAAAAAUGGUUGUAAUUUUUUGUAUGAACCGUGUUGUUGUGGUGUUGCCCUUGGUCCUUCCAGCGAAGUGACGACCGUGGGUUGAGAUUGUUGUUGGUUCUCUAGCUUCUUUAAUUCAAGAGGUUAAUUUCCGGGUGCUUCAGUUUUCCCGUCUCUCCAAAACUGACCCGACAUUUGCAAAUCCCGCAAGAGCGCUCUUUAGGUUUUUCGUGCGUUUACAAAUGAUAUUUACACUUUACAGUUACAAAGAUUACACCCUAGAGAUGUGCAGUGUACGUCGGAUGCGUACCUGCUACUCAAGACAUAGCAGCUACCGGUCAACUGCUGUAAAAGAUUCAAAAUUCUGUUUGAUUUUGGUUUGAUUAUUGUUUAUUACAGGGACUACCUCCGGAGAGCCCUAAAAGCCGAGUUUCAGAAUGGCUGAAGGAAAAUGUGAUGGAAGAUACUGACAGUCAAAUGAGAGCCGAGUAAGUGCAAAACUGAACGACCUCAUAUCGUGAAACGUGUUUAGGCUUUGUAGCUGACGGUUUUACCGAAGGUCGAUCAAGGAAAAUUACCAAUGAAGUUGCGUGAAGAAUUGAAUAAAGUUGGUUUUUCUCCUUUCUGAUACCCGUUCAGCUGGUUUUUUCCCGCGAAGUUUCCAUCGUGUUCCAACAACACCGCCAAUUAUGCAAGUUAGAAACUUGUGGAAUACCUUGUUUUUCUUGCUCGUGCCGGCUGGGGUGGGGUGGGGGCGUUAGGCGAUGUCAGAGGUUUUCCGUAUGUGGCUUUAAAGCACGCUUAUAUCGAGAUCCUUGGUGUUUAUUUUCUAUUUCACGGAUUUUUGCUUGUAGAAAACUGGAGAAGGAGAACAUGGAUCUUAAGGCUUGGAACCAGAAACUCGUUACCAAAGUUACUGACCUGGAAAAUGAGAAGGCGGAGCUCCAGUCCGAACUUGAACAGAUGCAGCUACUUAACAAGUUCAAAAACACGGACUUUAUCAAAGAAAGAGAUGAAUUACAAGGGGAGAUUUCAGAGUUACAAUUACUAGUCGAAGAUUUGAAAGCGCAGGUUAGAAAAAAAGGCGAUCGGCGAAAGUCUUCUUUGGCGUACUUUCCUGAAUUAUGGAAUGAAUGCAUUAUUUAUACUACUUCGUUUAGGAGACUUGGCGUAAAUGCUCAAAUUGGCGCCUCCCUUCCAAAAACUUCUCUCCUUUGAAUAGGCCAUCCCCCCCUUAACAUUUUUCCUUACUGAAUAUACGGUGCAUGGUACGUUUAUCUUUAAUGAAUGUGGCAUAGAAUGCACAAUCACUGCAGAAUGACCAUUGGAGGACAUCAGACUGAUAGAUGUUCAAGAAGCGGCUCCCUUGACCAUAGUGCUUGAGGUUAGCGACAGAAAUGAGUUACAACAAAACGUUCAAAGCCAAGAAUGUGCACCACACGCACCAACAAAAUUACGUAUAUGCUGAACGAUACAUUCUAGUUCUCCUUUUUAAUUCAGUUUACAGUUUUUUUCAAAGAAAAAAAGACAAAUGUUAAGAGUGAUGUAAGGGUCGCCACCUCUCCUCUCAAAACAUAAAUAAAAAAAAUAAAAAACAGAAAAGUGCCCUGCCUGGGCGGUAAUUUGAGCAUGUCGAGCAUUAGCGUUAUUAGAGCUUUUUAGAGCCUCCCAAUCUCGCUCCCAGAGGCCGCGAUCUUUUUGUACAGCGAUGGAGAUUACUAAAAUCCACGGUACAAAAGUAACGGAGGCUCUGGGGACGAGAUUGGAGCAAGAGUCAAGGGUUGCAGUAAUUGGGUCGUUCUUUUUUAUUUGGACCCGAGGACUGUUUUAAAGCACAACCGUCUGUCCUCAAUGUAUACCAUGUCAAAAUUAUGACGAUGUUUUCCGUUUAAAUUCCUGGGAUGUUUGUAGAUUGCUUGAUGUUGACGGUCUUUGUGAGUCUUUUUUAAUCAUCCUUUGAACGCCUUAUAGCUCCAGCGAGCGGAAACAGAGCUGGACAACUCAAAGGAAAAGCAAAACUUUUCUUCUAGUAUUGAGGUAAGGAUGUCUUGCCUAACUUGAUUUUUUGCCAAGUUGUUUGUUUUACCCAGUUAUUGCUGUGUCGAUAACCAAUGAGUUAAUCAAUCCUUUAUAUAUAUUUUUUGCAAGAGUUUCUGCUAUGAACUAAGACAAAAAAUACAGUGCUUUUUGUGAAAUUGUCUAUCCCAACCUCGACCUCUUUCUAUCGUGUGCUGCUCACUUUUAGUGGCGGAUUCAGGUCUUUAAGUUAAUGGGAGGUCCGCUCAUCUAAUUCCUAUGAUAAGGAUAAAUUGUUCUUAACCCUGAGUGACUCAGUUUGGCCUAAAAAUAAGUUGGGGACCCAGGUUUUCGGGCCACUGCCCUAAAUCCGCCACUGCGCAUGCUCCUUGGGGUGGAGUACAGGAUAGAUUUAUUCUCUCCUACAGCCCGGCUUCUCCACAUUUAUUUCUCUUUAAGUGCGUUGCCAUAUUAUAAUGAUCUGCCGCUUCCCUUCAGGUAUAUUUGCUAUAUAAUUACUUCGAUACAAUUAGGCUUAAAUACUGAAUAAUAUGAAGAUGAGGAGCCUUAGUUUCAGUUGAACAUGGAAUGUUGGGCGAAGCAAAAUGAUACAUGUAACCUCAGCGUUCUCACCCAUUAUUCAGCCUUAUAGCAUUGCCUUGUUUACGCAAUUCUGGAAGCCCAGACUACAACAAUAUUAAUCUAAAUAAUCUAAGUUGAUGCUUUAACGUAAAAUACAUAUUCUCGCUUUCUUUGUAAGGCAAGCACUUUAAUUAAAACUCAGCUCAUGACAAAUAUAAUUGUAAGGUUUUUAUUUUUUAAUGCACUGCUAAUGUUCUUAAAAUGCAUGGAGGUAAAUUGAAUGCUAAGAAAAUUGAGGUAAGAAAUAUUUUUGCAAGUGAAAUCUUUGCUACUCACGCCUUAAUAGACAUUUAGAAAAAUACCAUAAUAUUAUUUUAAGUGCUGGUCUACUCUCCUAUUACGUAGGAGUACAACGUCCUUAUUUCGAUUUCCAUUUGCUUGAUAUGCCCCUUUGAUACUAACGUACCAGUGAAACGUUGGUAUUAUGUUCUGAGAUUUUGAAGGCGCCUUUAUGCCAGCGUUGCAAUGGUGCGUUCGUUUUCAGAUGCGCUUCAAGUAUUAUGUAAAUUGCCAAGAAGCAGCUGAAGGGCACGCAUACUUCGUGUCGAAAAUGGGACGUGGGACUUUGACUCUUCCUGAAUGCGAGGCUUAACCUGCCCUUUUAAAGAAUGUUAUAGUAUUUUUUGGAGAGGCCUAUUGGCAGCUGUUUAUUGGCCAUACUUUUUUCUGCAAUUCUAAUUAAAUACUUAACCACGCAGGUCGAAAUAUCUUCCCUUUUCUGUGUUUUUUUUUAAUUUGAAAACUCGUGCCACUAUUUAUUCAGUUGAAGUACUGUCCCGUGUUACCCUCGUUAAAUAAAGUUGAUUAUUAUUAUUAUUAUUAUUAUUAUUAUUAUUAAUGUUUUAGAGCUUUAAGCGACAUUCAUACGCGGACGUUGAAACCACUUAAGAAGCGAAGUUAGACUCUGCCAGUAACAUUGACGACGGCGUUGGAUGUGCAGAGACCGGGGGGAGUAUAUAAAAGACGUUGCCUUUAAGCUGUUAACUGUUUUUUCACAGCUUUGUCAAGUUAGAGGCUGGCUAUGUAAGAGAGGUGUGAAAGGACUCACUGGAAGAAGAUGGAGACGCCGCUGGUUUUCUACUGAUAAAAAUGGCAGGCUCUAUUAUUAUCAGAAAAACAACAACACGUUGCCUAGAGGGUACGUAGCUGGGUAUCCUGUGACACUUGUCUUUUAGGGAAAACUCGCCGAAGAAGGUCCUUUUGCAGUCAAUCAUAAUUCUUCACUCCAUAAUUUAUAUCGAAAAUGAGUACCAAGCCUUUAGCACAAAGAUUGCUGGGAUCGUGUGUGUGGACAAUGUAAACUAUGAUUGGUUGAUUGGUUCCCUUGGUAGCCUGCGAGCAGCAGACGCAUUUCCGGUCGUUGGAAAUAGCGUCGCUAUUUUUCGGAGGGAGAGAAGCGACGACCGGAAAUGCGUCUGCUGUUCGCAGGCUAUUCCCUUGGAUACUAUGGAUUAUUUAUAACUAGCGCGUGUCCACGCAAACGAUUCUAGAAAUCGUUGCCCCGACAGCUUGUAUCCAUUCGCCCUGUAGUUUACUGGAGUGGUGAAUAGUGAGACUGUAUACAAUGGCCACAUCAUUUUCAUGGACAGAAAAUGUCAUGUUUUGAACAAACGGACAGGUCGUUCUAUUGCAUACACUGUAUCUGUUGUAGACGAAAUCUACUCUCAGGUUAAACCAAUAUUCAACCUAGUUUGAUUCAGAAUUUCCUUCGUUUGCUGAUUUGAUGAAGGGUACAAACAAAGUCCUAAUUUAAGCGCAAGACGGAUUUUUUCUUACAACUUAUCUUGUGUAAUUUGUGCUGAGUUGCGUCGAACCCAGUUUACGCUACGCUCUGUUUUAUCUCCUGCAGUCUAAUAAUAAAAUAUUAUUGGAUGAGGUUUUUGUGAUACCUGGAAGAUGUUAUUAUCAGCCGAAACUUAUAAUACUUACUAAUGCGUUGAUAAUUCCGCAUAUUACAAUCAUCUAAUGAUUGUUUUGAUAAACACUCAUCAAAGAAAGUAACGACAAACGCAUCCUCGGAGACCCAGGGGCAGUUAUACGGGCGAGGGAAAGUCUAAACGGGCGGAAAAAUAUGGCACGAAGAAAAGUAAAGAACGGAGAGAAGAGCCCCUGGGGACAAUGUCUUACCAGACCAGUUCCAAACGGUCGCCGCCGUUCUGCCUUCUCAUUGGGCAGAAAAACACAAAAGUUUUCUGGCACCAAUCAGAAGUCAAAACUGCCACGACCGUUUGGAACUGGUCUGGUAAGACAUUGUCCCCAGUUUCUCAAAUGAAACACAAUCUAUUUUUUUCCAAAAAAGAAGGUACGAAUAUGCGAUUAAAGAAAUUUUACACCGUUCAUGGAAGACUUCCUGUGCAGUUUUGGUGUAUGUUUUUAAACUUUCAGAGUCUUUAUCUUCAAAUAAUUUAUUGAUUUCUUGUUCAGUCGAGGCGGCAAACCGACGAGUCAUGUUUUUGGCUGUGUGCAAAGAUGCCACUCUACACCUGUGACUUGAUGUUGCUCUUAGAAAUCAUGCAUUGCACAAUCGAUCGUGCAUCGUACAAUGUGUAAUUAAAAUAAUAGUUGAAGCGAUAAUGACAACAUAUUAAUCUUUCCUUUUAGACUUCAGUAAACUGUUUAAUGUACCAUCAAUGCCAUAAGACUAAACGACUAAAUUCUUUUUUCGUGGUUUUGUCUCAGAUUCAUUGAUCUUGAUGUAGUGAUCGCUGUUCAGGACCAACCGCCUUCACAGCAAGACAUUAACAAGGCAUGUUUUAAUGUGGUGACGCCCACCCGAACUUACCAGUUAAUGGCGCACGAUGAAGAGGAAAAGCUAAGGUACCGUUCAUAUAAACUAUUGUUUGGAAUUCCUAGAUAUGGUCUGUUUUUGUUUAUGAGAACUGUUUCUUACAAAUGCCGCACGAUCCAUGUGCAUAUGUAUGCAUAGCCAGGAAGGCAAAUUCCCUUAAGAAUAUCACGUGGUCUGAUACUGUGACAUGCGUUUUCCCGCGCUUGAUUCUGAUUGGCUCAUUAUAUUGUCCGCACUUGUUAUAAUUGGUCCGCAUUAACAUUAAGCCUGGAGUCUCUCUCGAUAACACCACUGCUCACAGUGAGACCCAUGUUUGACGAAGCACAGAGCAUCUUGUGACUAAAGCUGAUAUCAUUAUACUUCGUUUUUGAACCGUUCUCUAACGUCAGUCGUUUUUCUAGGUGGAUCAAUGCUUUGGAUUAUUUACGGCACUGGAGAAACCGUCUGUCAACUUGCAAUGAAAAAUAUUAA